AUGCUCAAACUUGGCAAUUGUGCACUGCACUUCCUUAGACUACUAGUCACCUUGAUCUCCCUUGCCAGUGCACAGACUUAUUACUGUAAUUCCACGGCCCCCUGUUCGAACAAUGCCUGCUGUGGGUACUCUUACGGUGAGGGCAUCUGUGGAUUUGGCCCUACAUACUGUGGCGAGACUUGCCUGAGCAACUGCAAUGCCACGGCAGAAUGUGGGCAGUAUGCCUCCGAUCCGACCAUGAGUUGUCCUUUAAAUGUGUGCUGUUCUCAAUAUGGCUUCUGCGGCACCACCGACGACUUUUGCGGGGAUGGCUGCCAAGGAGACAAUUGUGGCUUUCCGACCGAGCCAUCGUGCUCAACAAAUGAUGUCUUCAAGCGAGUGAUCGGGUACUAUGAGACUUGGGCGUCCGCACGAUCAUGCGAUGGCUGGCGGCCAAACAACAUCGCUGUGAGCUCACUCACGCACAUCAACUAUGCCUUUGCCGCUCUCUACAUGCUCGAAACCUACGGCUUUGAUGGCGUGGACCUGGAUUGGGAGUAUCCCGUAGCAGAGGAUCGUGGUGGCCAAGCCGCUGACACAGUUAAUUAUGUUAAGCUGAUUAGUACUCUGCGUGAGGUGUUCGACGCUUCAGGUCGCGCGUAUGGAAUCUCCUUUACUACACCCUCCAGCUACUGGUAUCUCCAGCACUUCGAUCUCCCUGGCAUGUUGGAAGCUGGCGCUGAUUGGACCAAUAUUAUGACUUACGACCUCCACGGAGUCUGGGACAAGACGGAUGUCUGGAUUGGAGAUGUCAUGGAGGCGCACACAAACCUGACGGAGAUCAAAGAGGCCUUGGAUCUAUUCUGGCGAGUGGGAGUAGAUCCGUCUCAGGUGGUAUUGGGCGCCGCAUUCUAUGGCCGCUCCUACACAAUAUCCAACUUUGGAUGCACCAGUCCGGGCUGCCCAUUCGCUGGGCCUGGAGAUCCUGGGCCAUGUACUGACUCGGCCGGUACUCUCUCAUUCAAGGAAAUUAUGGAGACCGUCGACCUCGAUGAUGUGAUCAUCAUGUGGGACGAGACAGCAGCUGUCAAUUAUGCUACCUGGGAUGAUCAGUGGGUGUCCUUUGAUACGAAUGUCACCUUCCGACAGAAGAUCGACUACGCCAACCAGGUGUGUCUAGGAGGCGUCAUGAUCUGGUCAGUUGACCAAGAUACCUACGACUGGAAGGCUCUAACGGCGUUGCUUAACAAAGCCGUGGACAGCAACAAUCUGCUAACAGGCGACUCAGCAAGCGACGCAAAAACCUUAGCCAAGGAGUAUUCUGCGUUCACUGGCACGGACUGCUAUAUCAGUGAGUGUGUCGAUUGGAAUACUGGGCAGUGUAAAGCAGGGUACAGUGUCCUUGACUACGUCCAUGAUGGCUUCCCCGGCGCGCUCCAGGACCCCGACAACACUCUCUGCCGUUCUGGAAAGGAGGGGGAUGUCGAUGCUCAAUACCGGUUGAUUUGCUGCCCUACGGAUGCCAUGCCUGAAGGCUGUGAAUGGGAAGGAAUGAAUGCUGACGGCUGGUGCACUGGUGGAGGAGGAACCUGUGGAGAGAAUAAAUUCGAGCUGGUGGCCGACACCUAUACUGACCGCACAGGGGAUACCUUUUGUAUUACUGCCAAACGGUCUCUGUGCUGCAACACCGAUGCUAUCCUCUCUCAAUGUGCUUGGACCGGCUGUGGAGAUAGCAACCCCAGCGCUCCCGAGGAUUCUUAUGUUAUGGAAGUCAUCUCACACUAUCCGGGCUCGAAGCAGAGUGCCGAAAUAUGUCCGGAUGGCAGUGCCUCUUACUUCUACUGUCCCGCCAAGAAUACCUACAAGAGCUGUAACUGGUAUGGGUGCAAUGAGACCUGUCCCAACACCCAGGUCUUGAUCACCCAGAGAACCGAGAUUGAUAGUCUUCAUCACGGAUGGUUCAAUGUCUGCACAACUGGAACGAACAAGCUUUGCUGUGAUCCUCCGGAUGGCAACAACAGUGUCCCAGUCGAUCCCAAGAAUCUCUUCGAGUAUCCGGACGAGACAGACGUGAGCUACUAUUACAACAUUCAAAAAACUUCUAAUGAUGAGGGUAACGGCCUUAACACCUCAGCAGCGACAAGUACAUCGACAGUCGAUCCAUUUGCCUUUGUGAUGAUUGACGGCGAUCCUGAAGCCUAUUCGGAAUCCUUAGUUAACCAAUGGACAUUUCUGACUGACCAGGCGACUCUGGCCAAGCGCGAGCUGAAGCAUCACCGUCGCCAGAACAUGUUCGAGGUGAGGAACGAUACGUUCGAAAAUACAGUUGAACGGUAUCAUAUUCAGUGCACCUGGCUCUACAUUAACGCCUCCAGGUGCGAUGAUAUCUUUCGUGGCGGUGCCUCAAACAAGAUUGUCAAAAUGCCGAAAGAUCUGGGCGCUGGUCCGUACGCUAGAAUAAUCAGUCUGGUUCCAUGGGGCCUACCUGGCGCAUCCAAUCUCCGGCCACGGUCUGCCGAUGAGAUUUAUGAGUUGACCGUGGACUACGACCUGCCGGCUGCAGCGAGCGAGGAAAAAGGUGACGUAAAUUUUCGCGUGGAUUACACCAAUCUGCUGGAGUACUGGUAUGUGGACUCCAUCACUGCCGCACCAGCUUCAAGCCGCAAGCGUUGGUUUGGCUCAUUCUCCAACUGGCUCACGCGUAUGACGACCAUUGUCCAAAACGAGCAAGGAUCGUUGCCGUUGGAAUACGAGGAUAGUCUGAAGCUGUUCCACGCUGAGCAAUACUGCCCUAGCCUAAAUCUCUACACCACCUUUGAUAUCGACUCUUACAUCCAUAUGGGACUUUAUUCUCAAUAUGGCUACUAUUUCGAGGGUGCGAUAUUGCCAACACCGAAACUAAUAUCCGCAUAUGGAUACUUUUCCAUCGAACCUGUGGCGGAGAUCCUCGUAACCCUGCGAGCAGACGCGGUGAUGCAGUCCAAUUCGGGCACUGCGGAACUCUUGAGUGUCGGCUUCCCGGGCCUCUCAAUCAAGGGCUUGAUCAGUAUUGGUCCUGAACUUCGCCUCACCGGUGAGCUGGAUGCCUCUCUUCAGGUGUCGGGAGAGUUGAACGCCGGGGUCUCCGUUGGUUGGAAGCGGACAGAAGUCUACUUUCCCCAGGAUGAGGUUGCAGUUGCCGAUAGUUCUGCGCCAAAAGAUCUGACUGACGAUGACCCUCAAACAUACUCAUUUGAACCAAUCCUGAACGCAGAAUUGACUGCCGAGGGCAACCUAGCUUUGACACUGACCCCGGAGGUACGUUUUGGGGUCUCGGUUCUGGGAGGGAGCUUGAUGUCGGGAUACGUGACAGCUGGUGUCUCAAACACUCUCAUCCUGGGAGUGAAUGCUUCGGCCGGAGCAUCCAUCGAUGGAACUGCGUCCGCGGGCUUCUGUUACUGGGCGGACUACGUGUAUAAAGUCUUCCUGCGGGCCGAUAUGUCAUUCAUUGACGACCUUGCCUUCUGGGGGGCCCAGGUGGAUGUUGCGUCGCCCAAGGAUCCUCUCAUCCUCGUUGAGGAAACAUGCAUCGGAUACUCCACAGAGAAACUAUUUGGAAAACGUAGUACCUCGGACUACGGAGAAGUGGUAGCUAACGGAACUGGGGCCGGGUGUUUUGGUGGCAUGGUGGCGUGUUCAGUGAUAGAGGCUGAGGAUAGCUGUGGCGCCAACUCAACCUCAACAACAGCUGCAGUGGCAGAAUCAGCCAGCGGUGAUAAUUCCAAACGCAGUACUGUCACUGGUGGCAACGGAGGUCCUAAUUGUGUUCGACCUGCACUGUGGUACAAUUGUGACUACUUCCCUGAUGCUAAAAUCGCCAAUCUCAACGAAUUUACCAAAGGAACCAAGCCCUAUGAGUCCGUACAUGGGAUCUGUUACAAUAUCCGGAACUAUAUGCAACAAAACUACAAUGGUCAAACUAUAGGAAGUAACUGGAUGCGGCUGGAGUAUAUCUCGACACAGGAAGCCGACGACCUGAGCCAUCGCGAGCAGGCCUGUGGAGAGUAUUGGGAGCCAGGUACGCCUGCUUAUGAAUGUUCUGAGUUGAAACGGUCCCUGUGGCCACUUGCUGUGCAAAGAGCCUUCGACACAGGGAAUUCCGAUCUCUACAUUUUGCCCGGCUUCAGCGAGAGCUUGUCCUGCGACGAAUUUCCGUUUCAUGCAUCUGCUGAAGGUGGAUGGGGCGCGAACACGGAAUGUGUACCGAACGACCAGCAGAUCUUUCAGCGAGCAAUCAAUCGGCUUCCAUCUUCGACCUAUGAUACGCGUGUUCAACGAUUCUGGAGAGACUCUAAAAACUCGCCGUGGACGGGAAGCCCUGCGUACUACAACUUGGUUCUCAUGUAUGGCAGUCAGAAUGGGAACAGUCUGGGUGGCAAAGGGGGCACGUACUCGCAGACCAAUGUUCUGGGCGUGUAUCGUGUUCUGGGCGGUUUUAAUAUGCUCGACACGCCGGAUCUUGAACUACGGAGAGCCGAUGGCUCUGCGGCCAACAAUGCCAUUUGCCAUAUAGAUGCAUCUGGACUCAUCUGGGACACGAGCUAUGGUCUCUCCAUGAUCCGGGUAACCCCUUGUCUGGUGACCUACGUGUCGGCUGCGGUGCCGUACAAGAGAGAGUAUGCACCCGGAGACCCGUCGGACUUCGAAAUUGCGGAUGCUGUGCUGCCUCCUGACUGGGAGGAUCUAGCCAUCGACGUUGCUCGGGACGACCCUCAGGCUUUAGCCGAAGCUGUUGCCCAGCAACUUGAGCGCUUAGGAAAUGAGAUCGUGCAGGACGAUUCCAAGAAUUCAGAUCUGAAACGCCAUCGGCAUGGCCGCCAUGGGCGACAUUGAACUCAUGAGGUUGGUUCUGUGUUGGUGUGUCUGUCUGGAACUGG